UCAAGUCGUACUUUUUGCGGUUUCUCAAAGUACUCUGGUUGCAGACUGCCAGGAGGGACAAGCGGUUCAUUGUGAGCUACUGUUCCGGAGGAGCUACGGACGAACAGGCUCUUCUUUUGCCACCUGUACGACAUUGCGGCGCUUCUGGGGCCCACCAUUCCCCCGUUUUCAGUUUUCUCUCCGCUACACCUUUUUCCCACCGUUCUACUGAUACCUUUCGGCAGCCAUGGGUACGAAAAAGAAGUUCGCCAAAGGGCGUUUGGACAAGUACUACUAUAUGGCAAAGGAACAGGGUUACCGUGCCCGUUCCGCCUUCAAGCUCAUUCAGCUGAACAAAAAGUACAACUUCUUGGAGAAAUCGAAAUGCUUGGUUGAUCUUUGUGCCGCCCCCGGUGGUUGGCUGCAGGUCGCCUCAAAGUAUAUGCCCAAGCCGAACAUUAUCGUUGGUCUCGAUUUGGCGGCUAUAAAGCCCAUUCCGGGAGUUAUCACCCAUGUAGAGGAUAUCACAACGCAGAAGUGUAGAGCAACGCUGAAGAAGGAGCUGAAAACAUGGAAGGCUGAUGUCUUCUUGCACGAUGGAGCUCCCAAUGUCGGUACUUCAUGGCUUCAGGAUGCCUUCACGCAAUCCGAGCUAGUAUUAGCAUCGCUGAAACUCGCCACCGAGUUCUUGAUGCCUGGCGGUGUCUUUGUCAGCAAAGUCUUCAGGUCGAAAGAUUACAACAAGUUGAUCUGGGUGUUCAACCAGUUCUUCGAGAAAGUCGAGGCCACGAAGCCCGCUUCGUCUCGUAAUGUCUCCGCCGAAAUCUUCGUCGUGUGCCGAGAGUUCAAGGCACCGAAGAAGAUCGACCCUCGUUUGCUGGACCCGAAGUACGUCUUCAAGGAAGUUGACGAUGUAGCUGAGGAGGAUAUGGACGAGAAGAAGAAGAAGGAACGCCAGGGAGCGUUGCUGAACGAUUUGUUCCACCCGGAAAAACGUCGUAGACAUCGUAGUGGUUACGCGGACGGGGACUACACUCUCCACAUCGCCAACAGCAUCGGAGACUUCAUCAAAGGUCCCGACUUCUUGACGGCUUUGACGAGCUCGAACGAGUUGAGAUUCGACACCGACGAUUUCAGCAGGUCGAUAGGGGAACACCCGAUCACGACAGAAGAAAUCAAGCAAUGCUGUAAGGAUCUGAAGGUGUUGGGCAAGAAAGACUUCAAAGAUCUACUGAAGUGGCGCGAUGCUCUCCGGCUGGAUCUGGGGCUCGCAAAGAAGAAGGAGGAAGAUGCAGAGAAGGCUCCAGAGGAAAACGAGCAGCCCGACGACCCCGAGACACUAGCAGAGCGCCUGAACGAGGAGUCAAAGGUCGUUGCAGCCCGGCUGAAGCGUGAGAAGCGCAAAGCCCGCGAGCGCAAAGCCAAGCAGCUCCUCAAGUUCCGUCUCGGAAUGGGCACACCGAGCGAUAUCGGUCUUGACGCCAGUGCCGAGGCUGGCGGUCUGGGCACGGACAACAUCAACGACGACGGCUCCCUGUUCCACUUGAACGGGCUGCCAGCGGACGAGAUGAAGAAAUCAAGAGCGAUGGUCGCCGCUGAACAGGCUGCCGCGGAUCUCAUGCUCACGGACGACGAAUCCGAGGGAGACUAUGAUGAUUCGGAAGACGAUGCGCAAGACGACGACGAGGAAUACGAUUCCGACGAAGACGUCAAGCGGAAAGUCAACGCAAUGGAGUCGCAGCUCGACGAUCUCUACGAGAAGUUCUGCGAGCAGCGGUUAGAGAGGGACCCGAGCGCGAAAGUGCGAAAAGCGAAAGAAGGCGCCAAGGCGUUCGAGGAGUGGUACGGGAUUGAGUUUGAUAGCAAGCAGAGUAACCCGGAUGCGGUGCCUGGUACGGCGGAUUCCGAUAGCACUGAUGACAGUGAAGACUACGAGGACGAGGAUGCGAUGGAAAUUGACGAGCCAGCACCCAAGCCUGCUGUCGCGAAGGGAAAGAAGCGGAAAGCCUCAGCAGCAAUAGAGCCAGAGGAGGAAGAAGAAGCCGUCAUCGAGACAAAAUCGCUGUCGAAGCGCGCCAGAACCUUCUUCGACAACCCACUCUUCAAAUCCCUCGAGGAGCCCGUGAAGAAACCACAGAAGGCGAACGGCAAGCCUGAAAAGGCAGGCCUCUUCGCCAAGGAGAUGACGGCCGCUGAUGAUGAUAGCACUGACGAUGAGGAUUCUGUGCCUAAGCGGAAAGCAAAGGGCAAGAAGAACUCGGGGUUCACUGGUGAUGAGAGUGAUAGCGAACAGGAGGCUGGUGGGGCUGGGUUUGAGGUUGUGCCGGCUGGGUUGGACGCGAAUGGGCAGCCGACUGACGACUUCGCCAUCACAACCGCCGAAGCCUACACCCUCGCCCAGCGCAUGCUCCGCAAAUCCGGCAAACGCGACGUCAUCGACGAAGCCUACAACCGCUUCGCCCACAACGAUCCAGACAACCUCCCCGCCUGGUUCGUCGAGGAAGAAAACCGCCACAACAAACCAUCUCUCCCCAUCACAAAGGAAGCCGUCGCCAUCAUCAAACAGAAGCAACGUGCCCUGGAUGCCCGACCAAUUAAGAAGGUUGCUGAGGCAAAGUUUAGGAAACAGAUGCGGACUGCACGGAGGUUGGAGAAGAUGCAGAAGAAGGCGAGUAAUGUGAUGGAUGAUGAGGGUGGGGAGUUGACGGAGAAGUCUAAGUUGCUGGAGGUGUCCAAACUGAAACGGAGGGCGAAGGCGAAGGCGGAUGUUAAGAAGAAACCGACGCUUGUUGUUGCCCGUGGAUUGAACCGCGGGAAACAGGGGCGGCCGAAGGGGGUUAAGGGACGGUAUAAGAUGGUUGAUCCGAGGAUGAAAAAGGAGAUGAGGGCGGAGAAGAGGGCCGCGAAGGCGGGCAAGAAGCGGAGAAAGUAAACUAUCCGUGCGGCGUUGGUUGUAUGUAGCAGAUAGGUGCUCGUAAUAGCCCUCGGCGAGCUGAUUUGCCGUUUCACGUAGAUAUCAUAUUUAUCCCCACAUGUUGUAUGCUACAG